CACUUUAGAGCUCCUAAUAUAGACCCAACUGCUUUGUAGGAAAGGGUAACAAACCGAGCGGCGUCUCACGAGCAGUUUGCUGCUUUGAAAUCAACUUUUUCAUGGACACACAACAGAAUAAUGGAGCCUCCCUCACAGGUGUCACUCCAAGGAAAGAAGCAGCAAAUACAGAAACAAGGUACGACGAACGAUGAGGCUGAUGCCACAGUCUACAUGAAUUUCAUGAAAAGCCACAGCUGCUAUGACGCCAUUCCAACCAGCUGUAAACUGGUCAUAUUUGAUACCACACUACCAGUGAAGAAGGCCUUUUUUGCUCUGGUGGCAAACGGCUUGAGGGCUGCGCCUUUAUGGGACAGCAAGCGACAGAGAUUUGUGGGUAUGCUGACGAUUACAGAUUUCAUCAACAUCCUCCAUUGCUAUUACAAGUCUCCAAUGGUUCAAAUGUAUGAGCUGGAGAGCCACAAGAUUGAGACAUGGAGAGAGUUCUCUCUCUUCUUGUGUCUAGAUGUCUACUUACCGUAUUCCAAUCACUUCCUCAUCAGUAUUACCCCAGAGGCCAGCCUCUUUGAUGCCAUCUAUUCCUUACUUAAAUAUAAGAUCCACAGGCUGCCGGUCAUCGAUCCACAGUCUGGGAAUGUCUUACAUAUUCUCACCCACAAAAGGAUCCUCAAGUUCCUCCAUAUAUUUGGGAAAAAAGUACCCAAACCUGCGUUCAUUGGGAAGCAGAUCCAGGAGCUUGGGAUUGGAACUUUCAGGAACAUCGCUACCGUUCAGCAAACAGCAACACUUUACGACGCCCUCUCCAUAUUUGUGGAGAGGCGGGUGUCUGCACUGCCUGUGGUGGACGAACAAGGCAGAGUGGUGUCACUCUACGCAAGAUUUGAUGUGAUUAAUCUAGCAGCACAGAAGAUUUACAACAAUCUGGACAUGCCUAUGCAUGAGGCCGUUCGCAGGCGCGCAUGUUUCAUCGAGGGAGUCAUCAAGUGCUACCCUGACGAAACCUUGGAGACAAUCAUAGACCGUAUAGUCAAAGCUGAGGUCCAUCGGCUGGUCCUGGUGGACAGAGCUGAUGUGGUCAAGGGCAUCAUCUCUUUGUCUGACCUGCUGCAGGCCAUGGUCUUAACCCCUGCAGGUAUUGAUGCCCUUUUGUCCUAACAACAGGGGACGGAGGGUCGACUUCCCUCCUCUACCACCUGCUCAGACCCGAGUCCUGGCCAUGCACCCAGCCAGAGAUCAACUUGUGCCUUAAAUGAGAGAGCACAAGAGGAAAUAAAACCCCCUGGCUGCCCUGCUGUUUACGUUGAGAUGUCAUCUGUGAUCUAUGUGCUGUGUUCAAGUAACAGUAAAGGACAGUGAGCUGACCUUGAUGUAGUGAAUCUCUACAGGUCUCCAGCACAGUGUCCAUAUUGGCUGCAUUUGACCAAAUUGAUAUGUGAUGUGUUUACGCAAUACUGUAUAUUUCUGUAUUAAACAUUUGUA